AUGGCCGGCGACGAUCGAGGCGUUGAGGCGGCAAUGAGAGUCGGGGAUCGUGGCGUUGAGGUGGACUCGGCCGGCGGCGAUCGAGUCGUUGAGACGGCGACGGCGUUCAGCGAUCGGGGAAAGGCUCCGAUUCCACCAGAGUGGCGAAACGGUGAUUGGAUUGACAAUAUGCUUAGUUCAGAUCGAGUGAUGAGUUAUGUCGUUGAUGAUUCCGUCUCGAUGAAUGCGGAUUGUAAUGGUAGAAAAUCCAUCGAACAACCUUACUGUGCCAGUAAAUCAACGCAAGGUCACAGUUCUAUUGUAGAUCAGCUGGAAUCAGAGCAUAUCAAUCAGUUGGGGGAUGAUGUGAUGCUGGAUGAUGCUUUGUGCAUGGAAGUUACAUCUGCUCUGAAGGAUAAUAGCGGCAAUGAAUUGGGAGUUGAUAAUGUGAUGUUGGAGGAGGAUGCCUUGCACAAGGAAAUUUCAUCUGUGACGAAGAAUAAUGAUUUGGCUGUUUUUACUUUAGUUGGUAAGAUGGCAAGAAGUGAGAAAGAAGCUUAUGAUUUGUAUAAUGAUCAUGCCCGAUUGAUUGGUUUUUGUGUGAGAGUGGGAAAACAGAAGUUUAGAGCUGUGAGGGGUGAAGAUCUACGUUGUAGCCAGGGAAACAUCGAUUCAUAUCUUCCCGGUGACCCUUUUCUGGAGAGCAUUCGCAGAGAGUACACAGUUGAAGCAUUCCGGGAGGUUCAGCAGUUGCACAAAGAUGGGAUGUUGUGCAGGCAGGAGCAGACCGAACAAGAGCUUCAUUGCAUCGGACUGCAUUAUCAAAGCAUGCAAUUUCCUUAUCCAAAGGAGCUGCUCAACAUUUUACAGCUCAGAAGUUUUUGUCUUGUGAAUGAUUCUCAUCAAAGCGUGCCAUCUUUGAACGUAAAUUCCAGUGGACUCUCAUUUGCUAAUCCAAGCAUAGCUGCCCAGCAUUUUUCAUGGGCAGGGGUUUCCACUUCUAUGAAUGCUUCUGAUCAAAGCAUGCCGUUCAUCAACCAAAAUUCCGGUGGAUUCUCAUUUCCAAUUCCCAAGGGAGGUAGCCAAGAGUUUCAAGGCGAAAGCACUUCCGCUGCUGUGAAUCCUUCUCAUCAAAACACUUCCGCUACAACUUAUGGAUAA